UAAUUAAAUGAAGAAAGGAAAGAAAAGCUGGAGGGAAUGAACGAUGGGGAGCCUGGGUCCCCUGAGGAAGGACCCCACUACACUACUGACAAUUUAUGCUGUUAAUCUUUCUCCCAUCCUUCCCCAAGGAGGCCUCUGGCCUUUUACCAGAGUAACUGCACUGGGGAAAGGGGAAUGAUCAGACUUUUCAGGGACUUACUGGAUACUGGCUCUGAGCUGACAUUGAUUCCAGGGGACCCAAAACAUCACUGUGGUCCUCCAGUUAAAGUAGGGGCUUAUGGAGGUCAGGUACUUAAUGGAGUUUUAGGUCAGGUCCCACUAGUGAGUCCAGUGGGUCCCUGGACUCAUCCUGUGGUCAUUUCCCCAGUGUCAGAAUGCAUAAUUGGCAUAGACAUACUUAGAAGCUGGCAGAAUCACCACAUUGGCUCCCUGACUGGUAGGAUAAAGGCUAUUAUGGUGGGAAAGGCCAAAUGGAAGCCAUUAGAGCUGCCUCUACCUAGAAAAAUAGUAAAUCAAAAACAAUAUCGCAUCCCUGAAGGGAGUGCAGAGAUUAGUGCCACCAUCAAGGACUUGAAAGAGAACUCUCCUAUUUGGCCCGUGCAGAAGAGAGAUGGAUCUUGGAGAAUGACAGUGGAUUAUUGUAAGCUUAACUAAGUGGUGACUCCAGUUGAAGCUGCUGUGUCAGAUGUGGUUUCAUUGUUUGAAAAAAUUAAUACAUCUCCUGGUACCUGGUAUGCAGCCAUUGAUUUGGCAAGUGCCUUUUUCCCCAUUCCUGUUUGUAAGACCCACCAGAAGCAAUUUGCCUUCAGCUGGCAAGACCAGCAAUAUACCUUCACUGUCAUACCUCAGAGGUAUAUCAGCUCUCUGGCUUUGUGUCAUAAUCUUGUUUGCAGAGAUCUUGAUCACUUUUCCCUUCCACAGGAUAUCACACCAGUUCAUUACAUUGAUGACAGUAUGACCGGAUCUAGUGAGCAAGAAGUAGCGAACACACUGGACUUAUUGAUGAGACAUUUGCAUGCCAGGGGAUGGGAAAUUAAUAAAAUUCAGGGACCUUCUACCUCAGUAAAAUUUCUAGUGGUCCAGUGGUGUGGGGCCUCUCAAGAUAUUCCUUCUAAGGUGAAGGAUAAGUUGGUGCAUUUGCCCCCUCCUACAACCAAGAAAGAGGGACAACGCCUAGUGGGUCUAUUUGGGUUUUGGAGGCAAUACAUUCCUCAUUUUGGUGUGUUACUCCAGCCGAUUUAUCGAGUGACCUAAAAGGCUGCCAGUUUUGAGUAGGGUCCAGAACAGGAGAAGGCUCUGCAACAGGUCUAGGCUGUUGUGAAAGCUGCUGUGCCACUUGGGCCAUAUGACCUAGCAGAUUCAAUGGUGCUUGAGAUGUCAGUGGCAGAUAGGGAUGCUAUUUGGAGCCUUUAGCAGGCCCCCAUAGGUGAAUCACAGCAGAGGCCUCUAGGAUUUUGGAGCAAGGACCUAUCGUCUUCUGCAGAUAACUACUCUCCUUUUGAGAGACAGUUCUUGGCUGGUUACUGGGCUUUGGUAGAAACUGAAUGUUUGACUAUGGGCCAUCAAGUCACCAUGUAACCUAAACUGCCUGUCAUAAUCGUGCUUUCUGACCCAUCUAGCCAUAAAGUGGGGCAUGCACAGUGGCAUUCCAUCAUCAAAUGGAAGUGGUAUAUAUGUGAUCAGGCUUGAGCAAGUCCUGAGGGCACAAGUAAGUUAUGUGAGGAAGUGGCUCAAAUGCCCAUGGUCCCUGCUCCUGCCAUCUAGCUCUCUUUCCCCCAGCCUGCACCAGUGGCCUCAUGGGGAGCUCCCUGUGAACAGUUGAAAAAGGAAGAGAAGACAAGGGCCUGGUUUACAGAUGGUUCUGCAUGAUACGCAAGCACCACCCAAAAGUGGACAGCUGCAGCACUACAGCUGCUUUCUAGAACAUCCCUGAUGGACAGUGGCGAAGGGAAAUCUUCCCAGUGGGCAGAACUUCGAGCAGUGCACCUGGUUGUGGACUUUGCAUGAAAUGAGAAAUGGCCAGAUGUGCGAUUAUAUACUGAUUCGUGGGCUGUAGCAGAUGAUUUGGCCGGAUGGUCAGGAACUUGGAAGAAGCAUGAUUGGAAAAUUGGUGAUGAAGAAAUUUGGGGAAGAGGUAUGUGGAUGGACCUCUCUUUUUGAGUGGUCAAAAACUAUAUUUGUAUCUCUUAUGAGUGCUCACCAAAGGUGACCUCAGCAGAGGAGGAUUUUAAUAAUCAAGUGGAUCGGAUGACUUAUUCUGUGGACACCACUCAGCGUCUUUCCCCAGCCACCCCUGUCAUCACCCAAUGGGCCCAUGAACAAAGUGGCCAUGGUGGCAGGGAUGGAGGUUACACAUGGGCUCAGUAACAUGGACUUCCACUCAUCAAGGCUGACCUGGCUUGUAUGACCACUGCUGAGUGCCUGAUUUGCCAGCAGCAGAGACCAACACUGAGCCCUUGAUAUGGCACCAUUCCUUGGGGUGAUCAGCCAGCUACUUGGUGGCAGGUUGAUUAUAUUGGACCUCUUCCAUCAUGGAAAGGGCAGCGGUUUGUCCUCACCAGAAUAGACACUUACUGCAGAUAUGGGUUUGCCUAUCUUGUGGAAUGCCUUAUCCACCAUCAUGGUAUUCUGCAUAGCAUUGCCUCUGACCAAGGCACAUACUUUACAGCUAAAGAAGUGCAGCAGUAUGUUCAUGCUCUUGGAAUUCACUGGUCUUCUCCUUAUCAUUUUGAAGCAGCUGGAUUGAUAGAACGGUGGAAUGGCCUUUUGAAGUCACAAUUACAACAUCAACUAGGUGACAAUACUUUGCAGGGCUGGCGCAGAGUUCUCCAGAAGGCUGUGUAUGCUCUGAAUCAGUGUCCAAUAUAUGGUACAGUUUCUCCCAUAGCCAGGAUUCACGGGUCCAGGAAUCAAGGGAUGGAAGUGGAAGUGGCACCACUCACCAUCACCCCUAGUGGCCCAUUAGAAAAAUUUUUGUUUCCUGUUCCUGCAACAUUACGUUCUGCUGGCCUAAAAGUCUUAGGUCCAGAGUGGAGAGUGCUGCCACCAGGACACACAACAAUGAUUCCAUUAAACUGGAAGUUAAUAUUACCACCUGGACACUUUGAGCUCCUCCUACCUUUAAGUCAACAGGCUAAGAAGGGAGUUACAGUGUUGCCUGGGGUGAUUGGCUUGGACUAUCAAGAUGAAAUCAGUCUACUACUCAUCUUGAAAUCAGUCUACUCUUCCUUACCUGAUGGAGGUAAGGAAGAGUAUGCAUGGAAUACAGGAGAUCCUUUAGGGCCUCUCUUAGUAUUACCAUGCCCAGUGAUUAAGGUCAAUGGGAAACUACAAAAACCCAAUCCAAGCAGGACUAAAAAUGACCCAUACCCCUCCGCAAUGAAGGUUUGGGUCACUCUACCAGGUACAAAACCACAACCUGAUGAGGUGCUUGCUGAAGAGACACAGGGAAUACAGAAUGGGUAGUAGAACAAGGUUGUCAUCAGUACCGGCUAUGACCACCAUUACUAGUUGCAGAAAUGAGAACUGUAAUUCUCAUGAGUAUUUCCUCCUUAUUUUGUUAAGAACAUGUUUAUGCAUGUAUACAGUUUGUCUAAGAAAAUAUCUUCAUUUUCCUUUUUCCUUUAUCAUGUGACAUGAAAUUUAUUGACUUCAUAUCAGCAUUUAAGUGGUAACUUUAUGUAAUAGCAUUUAGUUUAAGGAUUAAUGUGCUUCCAGCUUUACAAGGGAUAGGGAUAGCUGUAUUAUGUUAGGCAUAAUUAUGACCUUAUUAUUGUCUUUAUUUGAAGAUUAUGUAUGAUUUCAGGAGAUGUAUAUGUGUUCAAGUUGACAAAAGGUAGACUUCUGAUGGUUAAUAUUGAGUGUCAACUUGAUUGGAUUGAAGGAUGCAAAGUAUUGUUCCUGGCUGUGUUGUGAGGGUGUUGCCAAAGGAGAUUAACAUUUGAGUCAGCGGACUGGGAGAGGAGGACCCACCCUCAAGCUGGGUGGGCACAAUCUAAUCAGCUGCCAGCAUGGCUAGAAUAAAAGCAGGCAGAAGAACAUGGAAGUACUGGACUGGCUGAGUCUUCCAGCCUCAUCUUUCUCCUGUGCUGGAUGCUUCCUGCCCUCAAACAUCAGACUCCAAGUUCUUCAGCUUUUGGACUCUUGGACCUACACCAGUAGUUUGCCAGAGGCCCUUGGACCUUUGGUCAAAGGCUGAAGGCUGCACUGUUGGCUU